GACAGACAGACAGAGAGAGACAGAGAGAGAGAGAGUGUAAAGCAAACCGGGAGGGAGGUAUAUAGGAGACAGUGAGAGACGGGAGGCGACCCGAGGAUUUCAGACGCGGAAGUGCGCUCCGCGAGUGGACUUCAACCGCACCUGAACAGUGAGAGCGGCGGAGCGCAGCGGCCAUGGAGCAGCAUGAACUGACGGACCUAGUCCAUGGGCACUCAGCACCACUGUUGGGCAACGAGGACAAGCUCGUCUAUUACUAUGUUCUUGUGGCAAAGCGGACUGGGAAGGCCGAUGUGCGGAAUCGAUACCUGGAGCUGCUGAGGCAGAAGGGCUUUGUAGUGACGGAAAAGAGUGACAAGCAGAGGCUGUUCUUCGGGAUUCACGCUGGGGACGAGAUCUUCCAGAAAUACACACGGCUCCUGGCCAAUACUGAGCUGUGCAGGGACAAGAAUGAGCCAACCCGGUGUACCAGAAUUCGAAUUGUUGAUUUCAUCCUGAGGACAACAAACUGUUACGCUGACCGUGACUGCAAAUGCCACGUGCUGAGGUCUUUGUUGGAAGAUAAGACGUUCGUGGCAGCGUUUCCGCUACACGAGGAAAAUCUCCCGGAGAGAGAGAAGAAAUUAUGGGAUGGCUGGGCCCGCUGGGGCCGUCUGUUUCACAAGCAGCCGGUGAAUGAGAUCAGGCAGUAUUUUGGGGAGCGAGUAGCUCUGUACUUUGCCUGGUUGGGCUGGUACACCACCAUGCUGAUUCCGGCUGCUGCCUUUGGAGUUCUCAUGUUUCUGUGUGCCUUCGUCUUCUUCAACAAUCAAAUUAGUAAGGAGAUCUGUAAUGCUAACACCACCAUCAUGUGCCCGCUGUGUGACCAGCGAUGCCCGCUGUGGAAACUCUCCGAGACCUGCACACAUGCCAAGGUCACAGAACUGUUCGACCAUGAAAUAACCGUCUUCUUUGCCAUGUUUAUGGCCAUCUGGGCCACUAUCUUCAUGGAGGUUUGGAAGCGGUCGCGAGCCAGCAUAGUCCACCAAUGGAACUUGUACCACUGGGACGAGGAUGAGGAGGAUUUGGCUCUGCGGCAGAUCUACAACCCCGAGACUGCACUGCGGCGGUACCGGCACUCGUACACUCGCACCAGCCUGGUCCUGCUGCUCAGCUGUCUCAUGAUCAUACUGAUGAUCGGCAUCGCGUUGGCCAUUGUGAUCAGCCGUGUGGUCGUCACCAUCUUUUUCACCAAUUCCGGGCUGGAGUUCCUGCGUGACCACGCCAACACCGGAGCCGUGAUGAUCGGGGCGCUGCUUCACUUCCUCACCAUCAUCAUCAUGACCAAGGUGAACCACUUUGUGGCUCUGAAGCUGUGUGAUUUAGAGAAGCCACGGACGGAGCUGGCGCGAGAGAACAACUUCACAGUGAAAAUGUUCACUUUCCAGUUCUUCACCAUGUUCUCCUCCAUCGUCUACGUUGCUUUCUUCCUGGGCCGGAUUAACGGGCAUCCCAACAACUAUGUGAGAAUAGCCAGCAAGUGGAGACUUGAGGAGUGUCACCCCAGUGGCUGUAUGACCGACCUCUUCAUCCAGAUGGCCAUGAUCAUGUUUCUGAAGCAGAUCUUGAGCAGCACCCUGGAGUACUGCAUCCCAUCCUUCAAACGUAAGUGGAAUCAUCGGCGAGUGACGAGUGACGAGAGCAACACGGACCCCACGAUGGCUCACUGGCUGCAGAACUACAGCCUGAACACAGUCGGCUCCUUCAGCCUGUUCAAAGAGUUCCUGGAAAUGGUGAUCCAGUACGGUUUCACCACCAUCUUCGUGGCGGCAUUCCCGCUCGCUCCAUUACUGGCUUUGAUCAACAACCUGCUGGAGAUCAGGCUGGACGCUCGCAAGAUGCUGGUGCUGCAGAAACGGGCCGUGCCACGCAAAGCUAACGACAUCGGGAUCUGGCUGCCAGUGCUGGAGGCCAUCGGCGUUCUGGCUGUGAUUGGCAACGGGCUGGUGAUCUCCAUCACAUCCGAUUUCAUCCCUCGCCUCGUUUACAAGUAUCAGUAUGGGCCGUGUGCAAGAGGACACAGCACAGAAGACUGUCUGACGGGCUACAUUAACAACAGCCUGUCUGUGUUCUACUUGAACAAGAUGGACAACAAAACACAGCCGAGGAUCACCAACUCCGAGCUGGAGAUCACGUACUGCAGGUAUCGGGAUUACAGGAACUCCCAGGAUUAUGGUUACACAGUGCAGUUCUGGCACAUUCUGGCAGCUCGCUUGGCGUUCCUCGUCUUAUUUGAGAACGUGGCUUUGUGUGUUAAGUACAUUGCUGCGUGGUAUGUGCCUGAUGUUCCCAUUACGGUGAAAAAUCAAUAUCUGACACGGACCAACAGUCGUUUGGAGGAGAGACACAAGCAUUUGCUGAAUGAGAAUCAGCGGCCCCUGUUGGUUAACUUGCAUAGUGACGUGCGAUCCACUGAUGUGUGAGGCGUGUGUGAUGUGUGCUGAGGUGACGUCUCGAGAUUCCCAUCACGGCACUGGACUCUCCGCCACAGAAUGCCUCCGAUCACAGCAGCACAGCAACGCCAGAGAAUAUGUCUCACAGCAAAUCAGUUCUGGGUUUGUUCCGGAUCAAUGCAGACACAAGGAGCACUUGCAGCAAUGAGCACCAGCUCCGAGCAUUCGAAAGCCCAGGUAUCAGAGGGCUGGUUACAUACAGAGGAAACGGGGGAAUGGUUUCCCUCGACCACAGGAAAUGAACCUCAUGUGAUUGCAGCUUCGACACGGUAAAGGUCAGAAAUUGCUAAUCUAUGGCAACCAUGGAAAUUGCAACACAAGAGGCCAUUCCCCAUCGUGUCUGUGCUGGUGCUCGCUUCCACACUGGAGCUCUCUACUCUAAUCCCAUUCCCUGUACCCUUUUGUAUUGAUUUGCUUCAAAUGUUCAUCCAGUUUGUUUCAAAAACUUUGUUGCCACAAACAGCCAUGGAGUAGCUAAGCAAUUUUAUCUGGGGGGUUGUUGGCCACGACAGCGGGAGAAACUCUUCUCUUUUCAUAUAGUGCUAUGGGAUCUUUAACAUCCAUCUGAAAAGGCUGACGGGACCUGGAGCUCUGGCCAGCUUGGAGAUGGGGGGGGGGGAAGACUAUGUACUGUUGACGAUAACAUGCUUGAAUCUUAAUUGCAGUGAAAUGAAAUAUUAAUUUUUUUUACAUUUUUUUAAGUGUAAAUAGUGACAAUUGAUUCCAGAUUUUGUUGAUUUUUGUUAAAGUGAAAUAUAGGUUUUUAA